GCAGAAGGCAUUUGUGGCGGAUUUUGUGCUCUUGGAGGAGGACAAGGCCCUAAAUACAGAGGAGGAUGAGGAGGAGUGCCUGAAAAUUAUUUUCGUUCGUUUGAGUCAUUUACUGGUCCAAGAUAUAAUUUAAAACAUAGCCUUACAGGUCCAGUCUCGCAGAUCCUUUUGCACCAUAACUUGACUCGAGACACAACAGCCGGAAACCUUUCAGGACAAGGAAGGCUCAUAAAACUCGACUUUUUGAGGAAUUGCAGAACACAAAGCUGAAGUGCUCUUAGAUAUGGCUUCCUUAGUGUUGAAGACCCUAUCUAUUUUUCUGGGACUAUUCUUCAUAUUUGUUGGACUGACAAAGAUAACACCAAAAAUCAACGCAGAGCUUCAUAGAGAGCUGAAGCGAGAAUUUGUAAAGUAUUCCAAAGUCAUUCCAUUUGUGAAGGCAUACAACAUCAAGAUUCACAGCAAGCAGUACCGCAGCUUUGUUGGAGGGCUGGAGAUCUCUUGUGGAGCAUGUCUGGCUUUCAUACCUUUCAAGCGGAUGAAGCAGACGGCCAACUGCCUGCUGCUGAUCAUGAUGCUGUUCACCAUGUACACCCACUACGCGGUGGGCGACCGGUUCGAGCGCACGGCGCCGUCGCUCGUGUUCCUCUUCAUGCUCGUCUGCCGGCUGAUCGUUGACUACCAAGUGCAGCGCCAGGAGCGCGCCGCCGCGGACAAGACGGCUCCGUCGGCCGCCUCCGCCACCGCCGCGGCCACAGCCGCCGGCGACGGCAAGUCCAAGAAGACCGAGUGAUUUCGGUCGAUAGUCGGGACAGCAGCGGCCCUGUGUGUCGUGUCAGAGAGGAGGUGGGGGGCCUUGACCGAUGGGGUAGUGAUGGCUCGUGGAGCGGGCAGUAGGCAGGGAGAAGUGAAGGUUGCAUGGGUCGGGUUCACGUGUAUUGUGUGCUGUGGUGUGAGCGGGGCGUUUUAAAGUUCAGUUUGAAGUUGUAUUUCUUCAAUGUUCCGAUGUCCUCGCGAUGUUUUCACUCAGUCUUGUUUGAGGUUGUCACGAUUGUGAUUUUCAGCACAAGCUCAAAGUUAAACAGCGAGGGCAUUGACUUCAGUGUUACGUUGGAUUGAAUGAGUGCUCUGUGUACCUAUAUGUAUGUAGAUGAACACUGCAGUGAUUGGACAAGCCAUGCAAGAAUGUUGAUGCAUGCUCAUCACUGCUCAGUAGACUGCACCUGCGCACUGCACGCUUCCUUCUGUCUAUCAAAUGUACUGCGUGAACUAGAUAACUAGAAAAUGCGGCUAGCCUAGUACAUGAACGAUGUUUUGUUGGCCCCUUCCCUUUUGCCUACACAUUAGACCUAAUUGUCGCGACAAUCAUUCCCGAGUCUAACUCCUUACUUGUUGGCUGUCAUUGAUGUCAAAUUUGGCCGGCCCCUGUUCGUUCUAACUAGCCGUAGUUUUUGUCUCAAACUCUCAGUUGCUAUAUCCUUGCCGUCUUCGCAUGGCGGGUCGUUGGUUUGGAACAGUUCGUUGACCAAGUUACGUUGACCAAGUUACUGUGUUAUUUCUAAUGAUUCAGAUGUCUCCAAGGCCUGUCUUUCCAGCUGGUCAGAAUGCAGUAUAACUCAGGUUUAUGCAUGCUCGUGUAUACCGCCAUAUAUUCGUUUCAGAUCUGAAUUCCGUGUGAUAUGUAUUCCUUGCAUAUUCCCUUUGGUAGCUUCGUUACUUUCAUGUGUUAUUGCAUGUAUGAUUUGCGUGUUAUUCAAAUGCUCACUGUAUUGCAUGGGGCUUUAACUAGUCAACCGCCAAGUACUAUACCAAAUGUACGAUACCAAAAACUUCGUGUCAUUGUGUCGCUAGUCAUGAGGUUCACCGUGAGUGUGCCAGUAGUCAAACAUACCUGUGGUAGGCGCGAGUGUGGGUGCGGUCCGCUCGUAGCGGCUACCCCGACACCGUGCCCUGUAACCGCGUGUGUGCCGACGCCGACCGGUGGACGCCCGCCAUCUGUGUCACGUUUUGCACCCCGGAUGUUUUUUUCCACCACAUCACUCAGCAAUAAAGCGGCUCUGACGCG